AUGAAGUCCGAGAAGAAGUCCAGCCAGACCUCCACCUUCCAGGGUAAGGGUCGCACUUCUACCUACCAUGACGAGAGCUCCGAGAGCCAUUCCACCGGCCCGGCCAUCGUCAUCCCGCCCUUCGACGUGGCCAACGCCCCCCGGUCGCCGCGGACCCUGAGCAAGAAGGUGCUCAACUCCCCGACCGAGCGCAUCAUCAUCCACCGCGAGGGUGCCGUGGCCCAGGACAUGGACUUCGGUGAGGUCAAGGUCCGCAAGAUCGAGGUCAACCGCAGCGAGGAGAGCGCCCUCAAUGCCAAGCGCAUCGCCGAGGCCCGGGCCAAGAUCCUGGAGGCGCAGCGCGUUCGCCGCGACGAGAGCAUCCUGGCGGCCGAGGCCCGCAAGAUGGCCGAGACCUCCCUGGAGAACGCCGAGCAGGCCUGCAAGGUGGUCGAGGUCCAGGAGAAGCUCAAGAUGAGCCUCAUCGAGAAGGAGCGCGAGUUCGAGCGCCAGCGUGUGGAGGCCCACGAGGCGGCCGUCGAGGCGGAGAACUGCCGCGCCAACGCCCGCGCCGAGGAGGUCCUCUUCAUCGAGCAGCGCAAGGAGGCCCUGUCGCUGGCCGCCAAGCAUGAGCUGGCCGCCGAGCAUGCCCUCAAGAUCGAGAAGGCCUACGGCAUUGUCCUGGCCGAGGCCGAGCGCCGCCAGGCCAUCCUCGUCAGCGAUGUCCAGUAUGAGGUCAUCGGUGAGCUCAACCAGGAGGUCGGCGAGUCGGCGCGCAUUCGCGUCGAGAUCGAGCCCCUCGGCAUCCAGGAGUCCCGCAUGCAGUCCUCGGCCAAGGUCCGCGCCACGGCCAAGCUGGCCGAGGUCACCGAGCACCUGCCCCAGCACCCGCCGAUUGUCGUCCACCCGGAGGCCGUCGAGGCUCGCCGUGUCCACACCGAGACCCACGUCAUCACCACCACCAAGUCCGAGCUGCUUGCCAGCCUGAACAACGAGACCAUCGAGGCGGUGGCCCGGCCCAUUGCUCACGGCGAGGCGUUUGCCCAACAGCACACCAACCUGCACAAGCACCUUUGA